AUGGCAGAGUUCGUCAGGAGAGGUAGCGUGCAGCUGGUGAAACAUAGCAGUGUUCAAAUAAAACAAGCUGCAAAAGAAGUUCGAGCGGCUGUACGAGCGCGACACAUCGUUGCUGCGCUUGUUGCAGUAGGAUUUGCACUUUGCGGUGCAGUUGAGGUGAGUUCGUCGGUUGCGUUGCUUGCGAAUCAAAAAGACAAUCAUGCGAUUAUCGACACGUCGUGGCAUUGCGAGCUGUUGGUCAACAUCAGUAGCCGCAAUCGCACCGAAGACUUCGAAGUUAUACUUAUGGAGUUACCGCCAGAGGAACGUGCCGAGUCCAUAAUGAGAGAGGUGUUUCUAUGGGGUCAAGUGGCUGGGCCAAUUUUAGGGGGUUGCUUGGUAUGGGGAAGGUCAGGUCCAUCGAUGGUAUUUUCGCGAGCUGUUCUCAGUGCCUGUUUGGCGUCUUUGUUGGUCCCAGCUGCAUGGAGAGGACCGUCUCACGUGGCGCUUCGUCUUUUUCAGGGAUUGUGCACAGGCGCAACUAUGCCUGCAGCUCACAUGCUCGCUAUGACCUGGUUUAAGAGCACUCAUAGAAGUUGGUACUUCAGUUGUUACGCUGCUGUCAGUGUUGGAUACUGCCUCACAGGAUGGUUGGGCACAGCAGUGGUUCGAAGUUUCGGUCGAGAUUCUCUUUGCUACGGUCUCGUUCUCAUUGCACUGUGUUGGUACUUCGCUUUCAGACGAUUUGUCAAAGAUACACCGAAAUCUUACCAGCAUGAUACAAAUGCAGCGGUGAUUCCAUGGGGAAAAUUACUGCGGUCUGUUCCGGUUUGGGCAUCGGCUGUAGCAACCAUGGGAAAUCAAUGGGGCGAUGCAACGCUUGCUCUUGGUAUGACGAAGUAUCUCAAGCUCAUUUACGGAUUCUCAACAGCCAACGACUCCGUAUUGACGACACUACCUCACAUUGGCCACUUCAUGGCAGCGUUAACCUGCGGCCUCCUGGUGGAUCAUGUUCGUGAAUCAAAAAUAGUUUCGACAACUACAGCGAGAAAGUUGGUUGUUUAUACCGCUCAUUUCAUUCCGGCUGCGCUACUUUUUGUCGCCGGUUAUGCUGGUUGUCAGGCUCUGGGGGCAGCCUGGUUAGGUAUAGCCGCUCUUCUCGUUUCUGGAACUGCGCCUGCAGGUGCGUUGGCGGCUAUAGCAGAUCUUGCACCUGUAGAAUCUCCAGCCUGUGCAGCGGCCGCGUGUGCGUUGUGCUCUACUCUAGGUGCAGCAGGAUUGCUGGCUGCUAAUUAUUUCGUUACUCAGGCGUUGCACGGUUCUAUCGCCGGUUCGUGGCGGUUAGUUUUCGGUGUCGCUUCCGUCGUUCUACUAACGACCGCUGCGGUUUUCUUGGCACUUGGAAAAGGUGUUCCACAACCGUGGAUUCCUUCCGUGGCACGACCACGAAGUCACGACGCAAUUUACGAACAAGACGCCUCGGAGCUUGAUUACGAAGACGUCGGCGUCCAGACGGAGCCUUUUGGUCCUUACCCGCUCGAGGACGACGCUGAGAGCGCGAAAAAUGUGCCUCGUUCCGCCUCGGUCCACUCGAAAGUUUCUCAAGCCUCCAAUUAAAUCCAACCUCGCCCUUGCAGCGGCGACUAUGAUAUUUAUUCAGUACCUUUUAGCGUUGCGCGUAAGUACGACAGAAGUCUCGUGUUGUGCAGGAGAAUGUACAGAUUAUCAAGGAACUAUUUCGGACCUUAGGAGAAAAGCGUUACCGAAGAGUGUGUAUAUACAAUGGAUUUAGGAGAUUACGAGUUUAGCGAUAAUUGUUAGUAUUUUUUAGAAUAUUUGAUAUUAG